GUGUUCCAUGCAAAACAAACCAAAUAUGAACAACUCGAACAUAUUCCUGAUCCUGAUGUUUUGACCUCGAUUGACGUCAACCAUGGAUCUCAGGUCUGACUUGCUAGAGAAGUUGCCCUCGUCGACCAAUCUUCUUCACCUUGAAGUGGAAAAUUGGUUGGUAUUCCAAAGAAACACAUUCGAUCACUUCGACGAGGCUGGCGAUCCUUUUGUCUGUCAGAUCUUCUUGAUUCAAAUCUCCACCGGGCGUUACAUUCAUCGAUCUCAAGGCCACCAAGUGGACCAUGGAACCACCCUUGAUGCGAACAUUCUAGCCUCGAAAUUGACUCAAGUGUUCCUAGGAUCCAAGGCGUGCCAGGGUUUUCCUUUUCAGGGUGAGCAACGAGAUUCAAGUCAUUGGGCGAUAUCAGACUAUCCUUAUAGAAGACACAUUUCGAUGGAAUGUCAGUUUUUCCUCCAGACUCAACAAAUCAAGCCUGAACUUGGUCAAGAAAAAACCGAUUCUGGGACACGAUGCGGACCUUGUCGAAAGACUUGGUAUGCGAUUGAAUCCACCGCAUCGAUUUUGAGAGAAACGAACUUGAUCUUAUCUAAAGGAGGUGAGUUGAAAUCCGACGAUGAGACGUCCGACGAUGGAGACAUGAAUGUUGAUAAUGAAGGGGGGGAAAACGAUGAAGAGGAUCUUUGGAGCACUUCCGAUGUGGUAGCCGAUUAUGAUCCAAUCCCAAGGGACUCGCCCGAAUAUUCCCAUGUAACCAAGCAAGUCCGGAAACCGUUAAUCAAGGGUAGAGAAUAUGUUUGCAUUUGUUGCUCCAUACCUUUUCCUACCUUAUAUGACCUAGCCAGGCAUCGAAUUCAAAAGCGGCGUCAAGAUCGAUUUCAACCUCUAAUUAAAGAAAUCCAGAAUGUUCCCGAUGUUCCCAAAGGAUCUGAAAGCACAAUUGACGAACCAAAUCCGCCUAAAACACUCCCUAAAGUGCACAAAUGUUCAUGUUGCUCUUUAGAGUUUGCUUCAUUGAAAGCAUUGGGUCAGCACAAAAGGAAACGGGAGCGAGAUGAACGGACCCGUCGUCAAGUGGGAUGUUCUGAAUGUGACGCUCCGAAUAUCAUCACUUUCAAACAACUCAUCAAGCACGUUGCCACCAGCCAUUCAGCUCUGCUUGAUAAGUAUCAGGCGUAUUUACCCAAGGACCCGAACUUGACGACCAUGAAGGAGCCUAAAAUAUGUACAACCUGCGAUAUGGUCAGUAAUGGUCGAAUCUUACAUAUUCGACACCAGGAGAGCUAUCAUGUGCUGGGCGAUUACUCGUGUAGUUCAUGCCAAGAGCCUUGCUUAACAUUUUACGACCUGAUGAUCCACAACUACCAGAAACACGGGCAGGUCACGGAACUGAUUCCUCUGAAUUACUUUGGCUUGGAGUCCAGUGUUGAUAGAACUGGAAAGAUUGCUUACAAAAUGGCCGUCAUGUCUUGCCGUAUCUGUUUGAAGGCCUACAAAGGCAAACAUGGCAAUUCUGCUCAUCUCAGGAGAACCCAUUCUUGGGGUCGGCUGAAUUGUAAACCUUGUGGAGAAUCCUGUCACUAUGCCAAAGACAUUUCCGCUCACAUGUUGGUGUUCCACAAGGACAAGCCCGAGGUUCAAUGUCCCAAUUGUGAUGAGAAGUUUGCUUUAAAAGACGAUCCGAAGAGGUUUGAGGACCAUUUUCCGAAGUGCAAAACCAAUCUUAAAGACAAAGGCCCGUUUCAAUGUCAGUAUUGUGGCAAAGAAUAUGCCUUCAAGCUCACUUUGAAUGGCCAUAUCAAGAUGCAUCAAGGUAUCAUCAAGUUCAAAUGCCAAUAUUGCGAAUUCGGUACCAACUUCAAGCAUGUUUUAGUGACGCAUGAGAAGAUGCAUCAACGAAAAAUGGGUUUGUUGACGGAGGAGCCCGAACCAGAUCACAUGCGUCAGUGUAAAAUUUGCGGAAAGCAACUUUCCAGUAAGAAGCAAGUUUUUCAACACGUUCGCAAUGUGCACGAAGGACGAAAGAGAGUUUUUCAAUGCAAGAGAUGUGGCGAAUUCUUCAAAUACUCGAUGGCUCUUUAUAAGCAUAAAAUCGAAGCUCACGGCCACGUUCCCAAACCCCCAAAAUAUUGAAACUUCAAUGGGUCACCGGUCGGUUUAGCUUUGGAAGUUGAUAGAUACUAUCUUUGGUGUUUUUUUGUUAUGGAUUUAGUUGUCUGCAUAGUAAAAAAUUACAACCACUU